UGCCGCGCCACCUCUACACCUCACUCGUCUGACGUGAUAUUUGAAAUACGCUUGACGUUGUUUUUACAGCAAAACUAACAUCUAUUUUCACAUACGUAAUAGAUAUGGUAAGUAAAUUAAAGUGGAUUAACAAUUUAUAUAGUUUCUCAUAGUAUUUUUUGGGGGGUGGGGGGGGGGGGGCUUCGGUUUUUUAAGGGGGUCCAACGUUGUGAUGUGGGACAAUCAUACAUUAAACAAUGGGAGUCGCUUAGUCAAUUAUUUUGUCACGUGAUGUGAGUAAAAACGAGUAAGAUUUCCGGUAUACUGUAUACAACACACUAGGGCUUGACAACAGUAGCCCACUACACACUACAACUACAAUACAUUUCGUCCAAUGAAAAUUAACAAUAAAAUAAACAAAGGGGAAUGACUCCUGCAUCAAUAUUGAAUAAAAACGUAAAUGACGUCAUGAGCACGCACGUAGCUCAACAACAGCCUGCCGAUGAUAGUAUUGAUAGUUCCCAUCGAAUAUCGCUCACAAAUUUUUCUUGAAAUAACUAUCUUCCUUUAAUCAUAACUGACGUAUAUUUAUUGUCACAUUUAUGUAUUUCAUUUAAGAAACGCGUGUAUUCCAGAAUAUUUCGAAAGGUAAAAUUUUCAAGUAACAUAACAUUGGGGAGGCACUGAUGAAGUAUCUUUUGUUGUGUGUAGCAGCCUAGUGAUGGCUUACUCACAUCACGUGACCAAACAAGGAAGUGACUAAGUGACUGCCAUUAACUAUGCACCAUUGGCGUAGCUAGAGGGUGCGGUGUGUGGACUGCACCGGGUUACAUCAUCUCAGGGGUGGGGGCUGACACCGAAUUGAAAAAAAAACUACAUAUUUACAGAGCAUACACUGCCUGGUCUAAUCCUAGUUUUAUAAAAGAAUAACCCAUCGCAGUUCAUCACACGUAAAUGUGUGUACACAUGUAACCAAUCCAAAUGCCUGCUUCAUUAAAAGUUCAAGGUUGGUGCGUCAGAAAUGAGGUUACCCUAUAAUAAGGUCAGAAAAACACCGUUUUGACCAUGAUUCAACGCCCAUUGAAAUGUUCUGUAACAUUUAUUAUAUUUAAAAUUAUAUUUAGGGUUAUUAUAAAAUCGAAUCCGUUUAAAAGUUAAGGAUUAUUUGUCACGGGGCCGCUAAAAGGCACGGUAACCCUAGGCACAUAUUUAAUUUGCCUUUAGGUUAAUCCAUCACUGUUUGGGUUCGAUCUCAUACCCCCACAACAGUCAUUGAAAGUCUAUGCCUUCUCUGAUCUAAAAGCUACCACUCUCUCUCUUACCUCUUGAAAUGACACAUGACACCUCAUCGGGGUGCAAGCUUCUCAGGUUGGGAAGCCCUGCUGUAAAGUAUAAUUCUAUUAAUAUCACCAUGACUACAACUCAUGUUGGUUGAUUUUGUUUUAUCAGCGUAAUCUUUUGUAUUGGUCUUUCCACUGACAUUAUAUGUCCCACUGACAUUAUAUGUCCCACUGACAUUAUAUGUCCCACUGACAUUAUAUGUCCCACUGACAUUAAAUGUCCCACUGACAUUAUAUGUCCCACUGACAUUAUAUGUCCCACUGACAUUAUAUGUCCCACUGACAUUAUAUGUCCCACUGACAUUAUAUGUCCCACUGACAUUAUAUGUCCCACUGACAUUAUAUGUGCCACAACGCAUUUUGGCCAGCGGUAAAUAUAAAAGGAACUAAAAGCUUAAGAUGGCACAAAGCGAAGUUUUCAAUUUUAAAGACAAAACAAAGGAAUUAAGAUUGCAGCCUGAACCCAGAUGGCGUCCUGUUUACAGCAGAACCCGAUCACGUCGACCGCCUCGGGGUUUGACAAAACAAAGCUUCGAGAUAACCGAUGAUCGAGAUAACCGAAAACCAAUAUGGUGGCAAUAUAUUAACGUGUGUUUAAAAUUUCUUUAUGUACACGAUGUGCGUUUAUAAAUGACAUGUACAUGAACGUGUUUUGGAGUUGUUUUUUUUAUACAACAGCGUUACCGUGAUUUGUUUGAUGAAGCGAUCGGCAUGCUGUAAAAAUGUACACACGUUUGCUAACAACACAAGGCGUAUGUGGGGAGUCACUUUUCCGGAUUAUCCCGGAAUUCUGGAUUCGUGAGGCUCCGGAUUCUCGAAUUUUUGUUUUCUCUCGCUCUGGAUUGGCCAGUUCACUUGAUUCAAAUAUCGGAUUCUGUUGUUUUUUAACAAUAAACUUGUAGGAAUGCGUGAAAGCCUGUUAACGACAAGCGGGUUCGCUAUAAAUAGAACGUUACUUUGGAGAUGGUGUCGGUGGGUCGUCGAGUUCGCACUCAUAAUACCCCCCCCGGCACUCCCCCAAACGGGCCAAGGCCCCCCCCCCCGAAGCCCCAGACCGUGCGGAAGCGCGCCGGGAACUUCCCUUACUGGCCUAAGGGACGUCCGGCAGACCGAGGGCGCUGCGUUUAAAGCGUCCGUAGUCCACUCUCCUAUGGGUCAGGACGGCUUUACUUCCUCUCCGGAGAGGUGGUGAUGCGUCACCACUCCCCACCGCCCAGGGAGCUGUCCGGUCGGGACGUACCUAUAAAUAGAACAGGCACUACGGGCUCUCUCAUUUGUUUGCAAGCCUCUCGUCCCUCGCUUCUUGCCGUGUCAAGUUAAGUGCACGGACAACGAUAAUGUCAUUUCAUUUCAAUUACUAAAAUUUGAAGUAGGCACGUUUCUGUUGUAUAUAAUUUUCAAAAGCCGGCGAUUGGUCAUGGGGAUCGAGAUAACCGAGGUUAAGUGGCACAUUUGGCGGCCGUUUGUGCUAGAGAUAUCACGGUUCUGUGACAUAUAAAAAUCGACAUACCCGAGGAGAAAAUGCUAAUACAAAGAGAGAAUUUGGCGAUCCACUUCCAAAACGUCGACAUAACCGGGUUGGUAGUUAACCGAGCUCGAGAUAAGUGGGUUCGACUGUAUUUAUAUUGCCGUAUAUUUCUUAAUUAUUUUAAAAUAAUUAAUAUAAUAUUUCUAAAAUAUAUGGGAUAUCAGAUUUGAACAGAUCUCUGAUAUGAAAUAUAUACUAACAAUGAUGACUUAUUUAUAAUUCUACUUCAUUAGUUUUGUUUGGAAAAUAUCUGAACGUUAAGAAUGGGCUUCCAGGAAGGGUUCAAGAAAUCUGACGUAGUGACCAAAGUCUGUUUUUAUUUUGUGUUGGCAGCCUCGUUUUGCAAGUAGGUAUCUGAUGGGUGUUAAUUAUUUUAAUAAUACAUUUGCUGUAAAUGUAGGUAAUAGAGUUGUACUUUCUUACAAUCCUCCAAAGUUCGCAUUAGUCAUUCGAUUGUUUUCAUUAGCAAAUCCAGAGACAGAAAAAAACGAGAGGGGUCCAUCCGAUCUUCAUAUAUAAGCUAAUCUUCAGGGGCAAUGUCAGGGUUGUUUUAAGACUUGUGGGAUUCCACACAAGCAUGAUUAUUGUUAAGUCUGAAAGAAUUGGAGAUUCACGAGUAACUUUGUCAGGAUCAACUCAGUUUUAAUUAGAUUGAAUCUAUUUUAAUAGUUCUAUAUUUCUCGCAGGACAAUGCACACUAAGAGGUUAGCUAGAAACCUAGAUUCUCAGUCCAGAGAUGUAGCUAAGAACUAUCCAAAGCCAAUGUCAUUUACAUGGCCAUGAGCGAUCUUAUGUAUGACAAGUGGAUGACUUAAACAAAUCGUGUGUAUGAAAACUGUACGACUUCAACAACUGAGCAUAUCAAAAUUCAUAAAUAAACAUUUUCAGGCUUAGCAAAUGCAGAAAGCUGAACAUCAUGAACAAAAAAAACUCAAUAGCAAAACAAUAAAACUGUAAAAUUUACUAGCGAAAACAACACUAACCCCUCCAAGCAGAGAAAACAUGUGUGUGUUGUAUGAACAAAAACAACAACAACAAAAAACAACAACAAAAAAACAACCUACCUAAAAAUAAAAAUUGAACAACUAAAUUGAACAUUGAAGAAUCUAUAUUUUCAAUGAAACAACAAAUGGUUAAACAAACCAUUAUAUAGGCCACCGAUAAGUUUAAACAGGUAAAUUAACUUGUGCAUUAGGCGAAGUGUGAAUGAGCUGCUCUGCUUAGAGUGUAUCAGUUCUGAUUAUGGUCCUAUACAAACUUGUUUGCUGAAUGUGUAAAGAACAUUCGUCACUAAACAUCAAGCUCAAUAUGUGUAGAACAUUUGUCACUAAACAUCAAGAUGAAUAUGUAUAGAACAUUUGUCACUAAACAUCAAGAUGAAUAUGUAUAGAACAUUCGUCACUAAACAUCAAGCUGAUUAUGUAUAGAACAUUCGUCACUAAACAUCAUGCUCAAUAUGUAUAGAACAUUCGUCACUAAACGUCAAGCUGAUUAUGUAUAGAAUAUUCGUCACUAAACAUCAUGCUCAAUAUGUGUAGAAGAUUUGUCACUAAACAUCAAGCUGAUUAUGUAUAGAACAUUCGUCACUAAACAUCAUGCUCAAUAUGUAUAGAACAUUCGUCACUAAACAUCAAGCUGAUUAUGUAUAGAACAUUCGUCACUAAACAUCAUGCUCAAUAUGUGUAGAACAUUUGUCACUAAACAUCAAGAUGAAUAUGUAUAGAACAUUCGUCACUAAACAUCAAGCUGAUUAUGUAUAGAACAUUCGUCACUAAACAUCAAGAUGAAUAUGUAUAGAACAUUCGUCACUAAACAUCAAGCUGAUUAUGUAUAGAACAUUCGUCACUAAACAUCAUGCUCAAUAUGUCCAGAACUUUCGUCACUAAACAUCAAGCUGAUUAUGUAUAGAACAUUCGUCACUAAACAUCAUGCUCAAUAUGUAUAGAACAUUGGUCACUAAACAUCAUCUUGUGCAUACCUCACAGCUGGAUUGCAUUUUGCACAACAUCCUGGAUCAUACGGCCAGAUUCUCAUGUUGGAUUGUGGAGGUCCUGUGGUGGAUAUGGAUCCAUUGAAGGAUGCAGACCUCUGGAUGGGGCACCAUCACGUAAGUUCAGCGGGUGAUUCACGUCAGCGGUUCCCAUGACAUGGAUAUCAGGAUCCUUGUCAAGUCAUUUGUAUCAAUUAUUCGGAUUAUGAUUUCUAUAUUAGCCUGAAAUCGUUCAGUUCAUCCUCAGGUUGUAUUGUAUCUUCUGGACAGGAUUAUGCUACAACGAUCUGGUGUUUAAAAAAAAAAAUGUUUUAAUUUCAUCGUUUGAAUAUCGGCUUUAGUGUAUUGUAUUUAUUUAAAUCACGUUGGUUAGUUGUUAAAGGGAUACAACCUUGAAAAUGUUAGAUUAUUUAAUUAUCACAAGACUUAACCCUCUUUGAUGCUCUGAAACCAUUAAAAUGUAAAUAACCCGGGGAUCUUAAAAUUCUUGGCAGAAAUCCCCAGAGGUGGCAGCUGUAUACAACUUUGUUUAAUAUUUUAGUUUCAUUAUCCCCCGACUUAAGCACUGUUCUCUAUUUGCUUGUACCUUGUGUUGUUGCCCUUGAUUUUUGGCUCCAUAAUUUAUUUCGCCUUUGCCUCCCUUGGACGUGCUCCCUCAUCAUGUUGAACCUUCCUGUUCCAGAUGUCUUCGCAGGGACCCAAGCGUUAGGAAUAAUUGGUUUCAUGGGAAUGAACAUAGGAUUCUUGCUACUGCUUCUCUUCAUGUUCUCCAGUAAAUACUCGGGCAGCUCUGAGACGAAGAAACUCGCUGGAUUUUGCUUGAUUCUUUCUGGUAAACAAAAAAACAAACAAACAAAACAACGACCAACAAAGUUAUUGCUAUGAAAUUAAUUAAACCUAUCAUUAUACAUUUUUCAUUAUUGUGGUCAUUAAUAUAUUGGGUACAUUUUGUUCCCGACCAGUGUUUUGUUUUAACAGUACAUUUUUCUGUCAUUAUUGCUUCGUACUUUGAAGAAUGAACGCUUCUAUUUUAAUUUAAAUGUGAGUUCAUUGAAGUUCAUAAAAAUAUGUGUCAGAUAUCUGUUGUACACUAGCUGAACAACUAUGGUCUCGAGGGUGUGGCAAUUCUUAGACAUAGUUAGACGACUUUGGGAGGAAUGAACACUUGAUGUAAGAGACAAACUAAGUAAAUAGGGGUCUGAUUGGUCUGUUCAUUGUUCAGACCAGCCUUGUAUGUGAUCAAUACCUUGAUUUUUUCAUCGUAGAGACCAGCCUUGUAUUCUAUCAAUACCAGGGUUUGUUCAUUGUACAGAUCAGCUUUGGAUGCUAUCAAUACCUGGGGUUUUGUUCAUUGUUCACAAAAUCCUUGUAUGCUAUCAGUACCUUGAUUUGUUCACAGUACAGACCAGCCUUGUAUUCUACUAAUACCUUAGUUUGUUCAUUGUUCAUUGUUCAUACCAGCCUUUUAUUCUAUUAAUACCUGGAUUUGUUCAUCGUAUAGACCAGUCUUGUAUUUUAUCAAUACCUGAUUUUGUUCAUUGUUCAUACCAGCCUUGUAUGCUAUCAAUACCUGGAUUUGAUCAUUGUGCAGACAAGCCUUGUAAUACCUGCUAUGUUUUGUCUCAUCCCCAGCUCUGUCAUGGACACUGACCAUCGUCGUCUUCAUUUGCUACUUUAAAGUUGAAUACUCUCACGUCAGCCUCGGCUUCUCGUUCGGCCUGGCUUUCUGCGCUCUCAUCUUGGGCUUCUGCGCUGGCAUCAUGGUGCUCUUUGCUGGCAGGGGCGGCGCUGUUAAUCCGACUUAAUUGGGUCGUUAAUGGUGUCAGUGGACAGG